AUGUCAACCUCUUCCACAAGUACUGAUCAAUCACAACAACAACCACAACAACAACAAUCACAACAUUUAGAAGUCAUUCGCACAGAAACAGCCACUUACAGUAGUCCACAAAUUAACAAAUUCAAAGAACAAGACAAUGUCGACGAUGCGGAAAUGUUUUCAGAUUUUGACAUGAAUUCAGCCAAGUAUCGUGGUCAUCACUACAGAGAUCCAUCCAAUAUUGCUGCUUUGCAGGAAUUGGAAGAUUGGUCAGAAUUUGAUCAACAACAUAAUGACCAAUAA